AUGGAAGUUCAUCCAUUGGCGAGAUGUAGGAGGCAUUCAGAUACUGCAGCAUCAAUUGGGAAAAUAAUCAGUCUGGCCUCAGAAAAAGCAGUGGAAAUGGGAGAAAAUGAUGGAAUCUCUGAUGAGGAUUCCAUCUCUAUAGUUGGGGGUGAUUUCAAUGCAAUUUUACAUAGUGGAGAACGGUUGAACGGAGUUGUGCCACAUACAGGUUCUAUGAAAGAUUUUGCUACCGCUUUGCUUGAUUGUGGGUUAAUGGAUGGUGGCUAUAAAGGAAACUCAUUCACUUGGACUAAUAACCGUAUGUUUCAACGGUUGGACAGAAUGGCUUAUAAUCAUCAUUGGGCAAACUUUUUUGCUUCUACACGUAUACAGCACCUGAAUAGGGAUGGAUCAGAUCAUUGUCCAUUGUUGAUUUCCUGCUCUAAGAACCAGGAUAGAGUGCCUUCAUCUUUUCGAUUCCUGCAUGCUUGGGUCCUCCACCAUGGUUUUAAAAAGUUCUUGGAACAAAAUUGGACUUCCUCCAUUGUUGGCUUUAGAUUACAAGCUUUCUGGGUGAAGCAACGAUGUCUAAAACAAGCUCUGAAACGAUGGAAUAAGGAGGUUUUCGGAGACAUAUUCCACAAUUUGAAGGUGGCAGAACAAAGAGCUGCAGAUUGUGAAAUAAUUUUCAACAGGCGUAGUCAAUGGAGAACCGAGUUACCAUGA